AUGGUCGUGUUCGGAGACUCGCAGUCAGACGCCGGCAGGCGGUACAACGCGCCGGCGAGCCACGUCUACGAGGGUAUCGGGGUGUACCCUUGGGCAAAGCUCUACGAGGCUCCCGACAGCGAGUCCAAGUUCCGGGCCUUUCUCCCCGGGGCCGGGUCCCUGACCAACGGGAAGAUGUGGCCGGAGUGGCUUGGCGUGCCUCAGGAGCUUAACUUCGCCACCGCCACCGCCUCCGCCACGGAGACCUUCCGCACCCGGGAGACGUGUCUGGGCUACACCGGCGAGGGCGAAGACCUCCCCACGGGGACCCUGGACGAGCAGAUAACCCGGUACUUCAACGACGCCGAUUUGCAUGAGACUGCUGACUACACGCACAUCAUCUACAUCGGGAACGAGGAUCUCAACUCGCACACCGCAGCCACGGUCCGCUACUCUAUCGGGGGCGAGGGCUACGUCGACCCUUACGUCCCGUUUGACCUGCUCUUCGACGUCGCAGACGACGGCACUGUCACGUCCACCCACGUGCACAUCAUCGCGGAGCUUGCCGAAUCUUGGAGGUCCGGAAUCGCGAGGCUGAUCGACGCAGGGGUGACCGGAACGAUCCUUCUCAGCAACAUUGGAAACCCCGAGGGCUUGUCUAUUUACAUCGGCACCCCUCUAGGCGAGAUCGUACGGUCGAUCGCCCUCACCAUACGCGCGGAGGUUCAGGCCGUCGCCGACGAGUUCCCUGACCAAGUGCGGAUCCUCGACAACUACACCCUCUUCUCGGCUAUCGUGGACACGCCCGAGAUCUUCGAGAACCUAGGCUUCGUCGCCCCGGAGGGGUCCUUCCUGGCUGACCCUUGCCUCGACCUCGACUUCGCCAUAGACUACAUCGGGGAGGUUGCCGGCACCCAGGCCCUUCGCCCGGUUGGCUGCCAGGAGGAAUGCGCCCUUUGCGCCGACGACACCUCUCCCUGCGGGACCUGCUUCGAGGGCAACCCUUCCGGCCAGGUCUGCAGCGAUCCGGACUCCCGGCUCUUCUGGCGGCCCCGGUAUUUCUCGACCGCGUUCCACCACAUACUGGGAGAGGCUAUCAGGCAGUGCUCCAAGGACAGCCCCAACUACGACCGCCCCUUCGUGCUCGAGCUAUGCGGCUCUUCUCGUUGAAAGGACCAACCACACACAUGCCGUCCAUGAGAAUGUUGGGCCGGGGGGUUGAAGAAGAGCGCGAAAAGGACCAGCGGCAGCACCAUUUUUGGUCCAGGACAGGGCGCAAGAGGUUGGAGCCAAUGAUCCGUCGACAUGAGCCAGGGUUCAUCGUAUCCGAUGCGGUGGGAGAUGGAGCAGGCAGCAAAGGGCCUAACCUGCGUUUGUUGUUUUUUCUCCACCGGACGCUUCGCUAUUCAUGCGUGAAGUCCUCUGUCGCGUUGGCGAGAUCUAUAGAUGUUGGCCAGCAGUGGGUGAUGUGGGUCGGAAGUACAGGGGCUGCACCCAGUAUUUGACGGAAAAACGGGAACUGCAGUAUGGUGUUUCACGGCAUAGCUCUGGCGUAACCACUUACAACGAGAAUGGCUUUCCGAUACAGUGUUUUCCUUGUUUUUCUAACUUCCGAUACGAUUUUCCUCAAAGUAGUGUUGUUUCGCCCUUGUUCUUCUGUGUUCCUUCGUGUAGUGGUCGUGGUUGUUUUGCGAAUUAGCGGCCUGGCUAUGCCGUUAUCCACCUAGAAAUCAUUGCCAGCGCCAUGUGUUGCGUGUACGAUUAGAAAAACUCCACAUGCGUUGCGUUGCCGUUCCACUUCGCUUCUGGGUACAGCCUUCGUAGUACGGAACGCUACAUGUUGAUGUGGGAGCGCCUUCUAAGGCGUUGGCCAGGUAGUACGAGCGGCUGUUCCUCGAUGGCAGGGAGGAUUUUCCAGCUCUGGAUUUCCAAGUCGAACGGGUGCGUUCUGUGACUGUUGGAGCUCUGCAUGGCUUUACAACGCCCGACAACAGCGAGUAGUGUUUCCGUGGCUGACGAAGGUAUUCUAGGCAGAUACGGCACGAAGGAGGGGCAGGCAAGGGUGCCGUAGUGUUCUAUAGGACUAGUCUAAAGAGGUUCGUGAAGUCGGGGGGCAAGGGCCCCUAGAAGCGGCUGGUAGGCUGCGGGCGGCAGACCUACAGGGUGAUGAGCUGCUGGAAAGAGGAGGGUGAAGCGAUUGAGGGAAGGAAAACUUCGUUUGAACUCGGAAGGCUAUACCUAUCUAUUUGUAUCGACGAGCCUGUAGCCUUUGAAAAGGAGCCUGCAAACUGCUCAAUGGCGUGUUGUGAUGUAUUUUUGUCUACUUUGUGACUGCUUUGCCCUUGGGGCCAUCGCUUGUCCAUGAGCAACAGGUUUGACGUGACUGCUGACCUCGAGUUUGCUUACCCGUAUCCUCGCACUGCUGUUGCUUACAUAUCCCGUGUCGUCUUCGUAAGUAAUGAUAUGAAUAUUUGGUCCACCAACGGGGUAGCAUUCCGGGGUCCGUCCGUGAUAGCCUGACGACUGUCACGCCUCGCACUAUACGGGGGGGCGAGUUCCUUGGUCACCAAACCAUCCCUUCGAGGUGUUCCUCCUUGCCGUGUAUGGUGUCGCGUGGUUACGGUGUCAAUUGUGGAAAAGGGGCGUGUUCCUGUCUUACGUGAUUGGCGUAGCUACACCGUCUUGCUGUCCUCUACAUUCAUUAUUGUCGGGUGCUUGGUCUUGCCGCCCUUCUCGGGCUUCCGGGGCGUUGGGAGGUGAAAGGGCUAAGACGAAAAACGCCACACUCACUUGCCGAUUUCAUCGGGUGUUGGGCCUGCUUCGUUGUGUUGUGUUACGUAGACAUCUCCGGUCGCACUCUUAGUCUGUGAUUCAGCCUCCGCGGUUGGUUGUGGGGUGAUGGGCUCUUCACCUGUUGCAUGCUCUUCCCUCUUGCUGUUCUUGGGCGAAGUGUAAACGUCACGAUUUUUGGGUUUUCAGAAUGAGUCUUUCGGGUUCAUUUUACUUCACUUCGCCAUCGUGUUUUCGGUUGUUAUAGUUCAUAGGACUAGUGUACGCCGUGGCGGCGGAAACUCUUACCCAAACUGAUCAGUGGGUCGAAUGGCAUCGCUAUUUGAGAGGGAAUGCUGUAAUAAUAUG